GCGCCCCCCGCCCGGCUGUGAUGGUGUGGUCGGGUGACGUCACCUUUCAGCUGUUGUGGCCGGGGCGGGGAGAGACCAGUGACUGUUACUGGGGUCUGGGCUAGUUUGAAUGUGGUCACCGUCAGUGAUAUCGCAUCGCUGUGCUGCUGCUGCUGCGGAGAUGGAGCCUGUAUCGCUGGAUUGGGACCCGUAGAUGGGGAUUUAUAAUUAGUUACCCUGCCGCCUCCCGCCGGGCAGUGCUGCUUUGUAUUGGAAGCCCCGCAGCCUCUCAGGGAGACUGAGCCUACACUAUAGAAGAGUUGAAGGAACAAGCCGCCGCUCCCCACCCCCUUCCCCUCUCUCCGAUCCCUGGCCCCCGGAGGAAGUGUCAACUGGCUGCAUGGAGAGCAUCUUCUAACGACCUGCAUCGAUCUGGCUUCUUAGUUAAUGGGUACUCUCCUAAGCUCAUGCUGCACAUUCAGUGAUGGCGUUUGAUUUGUCAGCCUUUGUCCUGCCUGGCGUACUGCAGCACUUCAAUAUUCAAACUGUGGACACCGGGCAAGAAGACCCUUUCACGGACUUAUGUAGCCUGGAAAAUGGAAGGCAUUAUGAUGUGGUUCCAACAGUGGUGUGCUCAUUAUGUUGCCUCUUUGGGCUUGUGUAUACUUUCUUUGGUUACAGGUGCUUCAAAGCCAUUAUGUUUCUGUCAGGCCUACUGGCUGGUUCAGCGGUCAUCUUUUUACUUUGUUACAAGGAACGGAUCAUGGACACACAACUAAGCCUGGAACUCAGUGCAGGUAUCGCCUUGGGCAUUGGGCUCCUCUGUGGACUGGUCACAAUGCUUGUGCACAGUGUGGGCUUGUUUAUGACGGGCCUGCUUCUUGGACUGCUGCUGGCCACUGCCUGUCUGGUGGGCUUAGAGCAGUUUUACCACCCUCCUACAGCCUGGAUUCCAGUAGGAGUUCUGAUGGGGUCUGCUAUGCUCUUUGCCCUGUUGAACCUGCAGUGGCAGAAACUUUUCACUGUGAUUUCCACUGCCACAUUUGGAGCUACCAUCAUGACUGUGUGUGCAGAUUAUUUUGUUGAGAUGAUGCUGCUAGUACAGUAUGUAUAUGACCGGCUCCGUCUGGAAGCCUCGCACUCCCUCUGCUGGUUCAGCUGGGUUGUUCUUGGCAUGUGGCUAGUGCUGAGCAUUCUAGGAAUUGUGGUCCAGUGGAAACUGACGGCUGAAGGCUUCUCUCAUACUGAUGUGAUACUAAACAGACGCCAGAAACGCCUACAACUUCUUAGAAUUCGUCAGAAAGAGGCCAAAAAACGCAAGACUGUUACUUCACAAGAAGGGACGUACCGACGAAAGGCCAACACUAUGAAGAGAUACACUGGGGACAUCCUUGCACCGAGUUACUUGCAGAGCCUAAGAGAGCGUCAAACUGGCACAGGAACUUCCAUGAGCAGCUUAAGCACAAACAUGCAGACUGUUGUGGACAUGGACUAUGAGUGCGGCUCCACUGUGCCCCUUACGGCCACUACUCCGGUCAUCCGUGUCUGAGGUUUUCUCUUUUCUAUCACACCCAGGGAGCACAGCUGCUAUUACUGUAUAUGUCAGGGCAGCAUCUUGUGCCUUACAUGAUGGCUCUUCAUACAUCUCAUCCUCUCAUUUGCCAGAGCCACUGUUCUCAUCUCCUAAAGACUCCAUAUGAAGGAACUGAAGUCCCCGGCAGUUUGGACUGUGUGUUCAAUCUUUAGUUUAAAUGCUUUAGUUUAAAUAUAGCAGUAAAACUUUAGUUAAAAUGCUAUAUUGUGCCUGCCAGAUAGACAAGUGUUGGAUAGGUGCCUUUUACAAGAUCAGUGCAGAUCUCCUCAUGGACCCGUGAAAAUUAAGUGUACCUUCAGGGCAAACGGUGUUCUCCCUGGCACUUCUUAGCCUGAAAUUUUAGUUCAAACAGAAGUCAAUUUAACCUCAAAUAAAUUGAUGGCAGAUUCUUUGAAUAUACUUCUUAAUCCCAUACAAUGCUUAUGUUUGAAUGGUAGUGGAACGUACAAGUUUGUGAACCUCUAUAGAAGUCUUGGAGCUCUAAUAGACCUUUUUGAAGGUUGUUCAAGUUGUCUUUUUUCCUUUUUGGCUUAUGCAGGCCAUACAGUCUGCUCCACAUUUCCCUGAAACCCCGAUCUGAUCUGCCAGUCAAAAUGCAGAUCCGUUGGAGAACCAGGGAAACUGUGCAUGUUUACCUGAUUUGCCUAUCCCAAUCAUAUUUUGGUUGGGAUUGGAAAUUCGUAGAAAUCCAACAUGUUGGAUUUCCCUGAUUUCUCAGUGUCUGGGAUUGUGUAAUUGCAACAAUCCAUCUCAGACCGAUUAGUCCAGCUUUGUAGGCUUUUUUAAUUGUGCCUGAAAGAGUGAAGGUUUAUUUUGUAAAUCUAUUGCUGGUGUACAUGAUGGUUAAGUACUGUCUCUAAUAGUGCUUCUACAACAGGUACCUUUGUGUUAGUCUCUGUGUAUGCUAGGUUCCUGGAAGACGGAGACUGGCCUAACUGGCAUCCGCUGUAAAGAGUGUACAUAGGAAACAAGUAGGCACUAUGUUUACAAAAUGGGCUCUAGCUCCGAUAUGCACGUUUAUGAGAGAGAAAAAGCACAACUACUUAGUCUUGACAGGAGAAAUCUUGUAGAUUAAUUGUUCAGAUCAUACUACAGUAUGUUCCCUUCUCAGUAGGCACACAUGUUUCGUUCUGCUAGGGUGGAGAAUAUAUGGUGCUUGAACCCAGUUGCACUCCUUAGUACAGGUCAGUAUAUCAGGAAUAUAACAGGGAAUCUUUAGUUUUCAGAAUGUAUUCUUCUUUUUGGGGGGAGGAAUGGCGGGGGUGGGGGGGUUGUGCUUUUCUUUCAUAGCUAAGGAGUCCAGUGACUCACGGUGUUGCCAAUAACCGCACAUUUGAUACAGGAUUACAUACCACAGAUAAUGUAGAUUUUAUAUGACAAAUGAGUUAAAGUAGGUAUAUUUUAGUAAAGGCAUUCAAUUCAACCACUCCAUGGUAUUAUGCUAUUCUGCAGACAACCAGGCGUGGUGUCUUCGAAUUGUGACAAUAUCGGAACUAUUGCACUUUAGUGAACUCAUCAUAUUGAUAUUUAAUAAAGUGAGAGGGAACACAAAAUAAUAUGGUAAAUCAAAGGGAAUUUAUCUCCAAUGAAAGGUUGUUGCUUUGUUUUUUUGUUUGUUUUUUUCUUUUUGGGUUUAUCCACCUUUGCUAACCCAGAUACCCCACACCUUAUACCAGUACUGUAUAACAGAAAGCCCUAUCUCUACGCCAGUGGUUCUCAAACUGUGUGCCUAGGCACCCUUGCUAACCCAGAUACCCCACACCUUAUACCAGUACUGUAUAACAGAAAGCCCUAUCUCUACGCCAGUGGUUCUCAAACUGUGUGCCUAGGCACCCUGGGGUGCCUCAGGAUACUUGCAGGGGCGCCUUGGAUUGAUGGUCCAGGACCUAUUAAAAUGAUUUAUGGUCAGUGUAAUAGCCAACCAGUGCUGGUGGCUGUCAAUCAUAAAAUAUGUGAAUAAACAGAAGCAAUUCCUGUCCCUCACCACACAAUUGAACCUAUGGUUUACAUAUAAGCACAGUUUACUUAAUUUAAUAUUUCUGUCUAAAUUUUCUCAAUAAGAAACAUGUGGCCUAUGGGUGCCAUGAAAAAUAUUCUGAUACUCUUGGGUGCCGUGACUCAAACGUUUGGGAACCACUGCUCUACACAGUUCCCUUAGCUUACUGCUUGGUGUUGUGCUUCUGCUACAUUCUUCCCUCUAGUUGUAAUACUUGUGACAUUUAAAUUGUUUCCUCUAAAUACUGAACCUCGCAGAAUCUAAAGUCCGAUUGCAAAUGGCUUGUAGUAACGUUGAAUUUAGGAUAUUGGGUAAACUAUACUGCUGGGGUAACUGUGAUGCGUUCUCUGGAGCAGCUUUCUGAAGGAGACACAGCCAUUAUCGUCUUUUGUCUGGUUAGAACCAGAACACACUCAUUAUAUGAAAUGCAUUCAUAGAGAAAGAAUAGGAUGAUUCCACUGCCAGUGUCCUGGAAAAUGCAGUAUAUUAUCUGUGUGUAAACUAAUAUAGGUAAGCGCCUAUGCAUCGGUGUGCCAUGAGUCUGAAGCUGGCGUCCCAUGGAAGUGCUGGAAAAGCGCAGCAGUCAUACUGCUCAUUUGCUGCCUUAGAGAUGUACUAACGUGAAGCGGAAAUACUCCUGCCCGGUCACACAAGGGUGCAUAGACCCUGCAGGUGCUACGUGUAAUGCUUUCAUGUAACCGUGAUGAGUGUCCUUCAACCUGUUGUAAUAGUAAUAUUUUAGCUGACUGCAGCACUGUUCUAAGUGCAUGUGCCCAUCGCCCAAAGGCUGAUGAAAUAAAACCAUUUUCAUAAAUAUAA